AUGUCUCAAACAACAAAAGAAGCGAUUUACUCACAAUUGCCCAUAUAUAACGUACUUGAUCGAUUUAGUGAUGGAAUGUGGAAGCUCUUAAAUGAACAAAAGAAAACACUUCAAAAAAUUAAAGAUGAAAAGAAGCCAAGAACCAACGUUGCCCUAGAGAAUCACGAAGGUGAAAUAUUGGUUUUUGGUCUUGUAAGUAACAAAAUAGAUAGUCUUGAAGAACAAAUUAAAACCUUGAAAAAGCAGAAUGUAAAACUGCAGACUGAAAAUGAGGAAGCUGUGAAGAAAAUUGAAGAGAUGCGAAAGAAUAUCGACAGAUAUACAUAUAUGGAUGAAUUAAUCGACGACCUGGAAAAAGAUUACCAAAACGAUACUACACAACUCACAGAACACUACGAACAAAAACUUGCCGAAGAAAAGGAACAUAACGUUAAAAUUCUUGCUAAACUAACAGAGCACUACGAACAAAAACUUGCUGAAGAAAAGGAGCACCACACAAAAGAUCUUAUUGAAGAAAAGGAAUAUCGCGCCAAAGAAAUCCGAUCACGCUGUGACAAAAAUGAAAAGAAAAUUAAAAUUUUGCAAAAUAUCAUUAACCAAUUAAGAGGACAUCAUUCUAACAACAAAGAGUUCAAAUAA